AUGAAGAUCCUUGCUGUUGCUAUAUCCCAGGCGUUCCUUGGCGCGUCCUAUUCCGUGAAUGGUGUCCAACCUGGUAUGGAGCACAUUGAUCACAAUGCUAAUGCUGGCAUGUGUUCGGAGCCGAUUAGACUUGAUAGUUGUCCUCCUGCUGAUCCAUCUUUUUGUACUUAUGAGUCCUUUCCAUUGAAAGAUCCCAAGUUUGUGAAUACUAUCAAGCGAUCAUGCAUUCGUCGUGAGACUGCUGAAGAAUGCAAAGAGCUUCAAAAGAAUGAAAACGAAUGUUUGCGUAAAGGGUGCACUUGGAUUUAUAGGGAGCCGAAACAGAAAGGUGCGUAA